CACCUUUUGGAAUCUACAAUUUUCGCUUUCAUCGCGGCUCUCCCUUUUGCCUUCUUUUCCUUGCACGACUUCCGCCCUUCUCACCCAACGUCUUCCUCUUCUCAGGCAGUGUUCAGCUUCACUCUUUUGCUGAACUCGCGCCGUCCGUUCAUUCUUCUCCAGCCACCUGCCACACGUCGACCCGCCUGGAGCCUACCACCGACAUUUUUGCUCGGACUGAUUGCAGCCAGAAGGUGCAUUGAACGCGCAUCCGUAGCUUCGCCAGCCUCCUUGCUACCACUGCAAGGGAAACUUGAGCCUUUCGGACCCAAUCAUCGACUCAAAGGAUUGUAGACAGGCCAACCGCGCUGCGUCUCUCGUCGCGGACUCCGACUCCGAUCACCGACCGGGGCCUCACAUCAGCUUCAUCCUUAAAUCUAUAUUCGUGUGCGCGAUCUAAAGGUUCGCGUUAAAAAGCCACGACUUCUGCUGGGAGGCAGUCAUGGAUUCAACACAGUCCUCCAAUAUUCAUGUUCGUCGCGAUUCUUCAGAUGCGUUCGACGACGACCGACCGUCUUCCGCCACUAUGGGGCACCUUCUCUUCGUCUUCUUUACACUCCUCUUGCUAGCAUCGCUAUGCUCGCUGGCUUUGUUCUUCAUACGCCGUAAACGACUCGUCAAGAAACAGGGUAUGCUGCCGACUUAUCAUCAGCAAGCCUCGCACCAUCGUUCUCCGUCAGUCAGCAACUUCAACACGGGCAAGAACGAAUCAAUCUUUGUCUACGAUGAAAAGAUGAACCUCAUCCACAACUCUUCACCUACUUCAGCAUCAGAUGUGCCGGAGAUUCACAUUACCUUCCCUGACGAAGAGGGCAAUCCAGAUUCUACGCGAAAAGGCCGCGUCGUUGUUGUUCACAUUACCGAUUCUGGCAGUGUCGGCAUGGAACCUGUAGCCCAGGAAAAUCUUCCACCUUAUCAGCGCGAAGAUGCCACCCGCUUCCAGUCGCUCGACCUUGAGAGGAUAGGUGGAUUGAAAGAAAAAGAAUCGUCCGAUAGACGAUGGUCAUGAUCACUCAUAAGUCUUACCCACGCCGAUGGCAGCUGAACGACGCGAGAUUUUUCAAUGGCGACAAGUUGGCUUCUUGAAUUAAAUUAACUUGGAAUGACGGGACAUUGACUAUAACCUCACUAGAUAUGGGUUUCAAUGGACUGGUGUCUUCCGGAUGUCUCAUGUAGCACCACUCCACAAUGAUUGUGGAAGCUUUAUAAUUAUGGCAGGCUUGUUUCACAGAGCCCUCGAAGGGCUGGAUUUGGUACAUAUUGUAUAGUCAAAGGUGCUCAUAUAUCACCUUGCAAGAGCUCUUUAAAUGACCUGUGCUUAAUAUACGUGGCCACCC